AUGGCUUCAGGCGCAUCCAAGGGAAAGAGCGACACCGCUGUUACCAUUGGCCUUGCCUUCUGGUCCGAUAGUUGCAUUUGCCAUUAUCGCAAGCAGCGGCGACUGGUGAAAAGGAGACAUCUACGUCGUAAUACAUCCCAUCGCAACCACACUUUUUUUGCAUGGCAUGCACACAUAUGCACCACAACUCGCCCCCGGCGGCAAAUACUUCCACCUCGUCCAGUCGUCCAGUUGGCCAGUCGCAUUUCUCUGAUCACCUGGCCUGCCGCCCAUGCAGACUCGGGCCAGAGUCGUCCCUCUUUCCACAGGCGAGUCGAUCGUGGUCCAGGAGCACCAUCGGAUGGCCGCGGCACGGAUAUGAACAUCAACAUCUACGGUGCUGCUGGUCUGUUGACCAGAUUUUGGCUUCGGCGGACUAUGUUAGCGCCGGCCCCCAAACUCUGCGAAGAGUGA